AUGAGCAGACUGAAGAGCAAAAGGCGUUUCUUGCGCCGAAGAAGAUGUUUAUUCCACCGCAGACAGUGAAGCACUUUGCCGAGACGAGAAUGAAGAGACCUGAGCUGAGAGCUGAUUAUGACCGCUCUCUUGGACAGUCCUCUAGAGCGAGCAAAGAAGCAAAAAAAGUCGCCCAGCUUGGACAGCAGGACAUUCAGGCCGCACCCCACUUCAUCGUGGAGCCAUAUCAUGAUCCAGAGACGGCAUCGAUGAUCGAACGGGCGGCUAGAGCUCAGGGAGCAUCAGUUGAGUACGAAGAUUACUAUCCAACGGCUCAAGUGGUAAACAAGUAUAGAUACGGAUCUGAUCUCGUCAAACCUGGCGAGCUCGCGCGUCUAGGGACUCAGAUGCGAAGGUUGCAUGACUGGUACCUGAAAGCCUGUCGAAGAUGUGAAAGCUACAUCACGGUGUAUCUUAGAGAUGAGCAUUACUUCCGGGGGGAAGACGAGAUAAACCUUGAGUUAGAAGAACUGUUUCAGUUAUUCAAUCAAGACGCCCUCGACAAAGCUGUCAUCAGUUGCUACUGCCUAAUGAAGAAGCUGGAAUACAAAAGAGGCAAGCUCCUACCGCUGGGGUUCAUAGACCCAAACACAGUUCAUGAAGUUACGGUUCGACGGUACCCCAAGGACACAGAGGACAACAUCGUAAUGUUUUUAGAGAAGCAAGCAGACAAAGAGGAUAUAUUCUUUCCCUACAACUUCAAUUUCCACUUUAUUCUCCUAAUCAUUGAUCUUCACCUUGGAGUCGUAAACGUCAUGGACUCGAAACGUAAAGAAUAUGCGGAAUGGGCGGACAUGGCUGCCAUCCUCCAGAGGUAGUUUCAAUCAAUUUCGU